AUGACAAAGAAUACUGAAUCCUAUACUGAAGGAUAUAUAAAAUUAGCAUGGACGAUACUAUCAUCAAGUCAGGAUUCAUCCCCUGCCAUCUUGACCAAACUAUAUCACCACUUUCAAACUAAAUAUGGCACUUUUCUUGCUGAUUUAAUCACUAAUUCCCAAUUAUCAUCAACAAACUUGAUCAUUUCAUUAUACUACUUAUACAAACACUACCAUCAAAACACGAUACUAUACACCAAAUUGGAAAAGGCGCAGCAGUAUCCUCAAACAUCCACUGAUGAUACUGGUAUUGAUUCAAUGCACAUAUACACAAUUAUCACAUCACUCAUACUAUCGAAUAAAUCGUUUGAUGAUCAAUCGUACACGUUAAAGACAUGGUGGAUCAUUAUCAAUAAUACUUGCAAAAACUGCAAAUUUGGAUCAACUGUUGAUGUUGACUUGAAGUUACUCAAUACGAUGGAAUCUUUCUUUUUAAGUUCACUUGAUUUCAAAUUGUCGUUUACUGGUAUGAGUAGUGAUGGCACAUUUUGGUCUUUGUUUAACCAAGGUGUUGUUGCCAAUAUUGACGAUGUCACGAUAUCCAUGUUUAAAUCAUUGGCUGGUACUAGUGUUGAAGAAGAGGAAGCAGUAGCAGCCUCACUCUUGAUCACUCCAAUCAAGACACAAUCAUUCCAAUCACAAGUGAUGACACAACCACCACCACCAUUGAUCAGUAUCAAUUCGAUCACACCACCACCACAAUUAACUACAUCGUCAUGCUCGCCACUUGUCAAUAAUGCCACUACGUUUUCAUCACCUUUGAAUUAUCCAUUGACACCAAGCACACCAUUGGACUAUUGCUGUAAAAGGAGAAAGGUGGCCCCCGUGUUACCAUCACAACCACCUCAACAGCAGCAACAGCAACAACAACAACAGUACUUGCAAUCAUCUUUUGCACAACCACAAUACAUUGCGCCACCACCACCACAAUGGACAUCAUCGUUUGACAACAUCACUCCAUUGUCAAUGGCACCAUUACCACAGCCUUAUCACGUACAGUACACACAAACAGCACCCAACUUGCCACCAGCUCCAUUUCAAUAUGAUUACAACACCACUUAUCAACAAGGUUACCCUUCUACAAAGUAUCAACUUCCAAAUGUAGGUUACGCCUUGCCACAACAACCCCUACCACCAUACAAGCCAGUUUACAAUUCAUCGUUGAUGAACCCAUACACUAAUCAACAAUACUGUUCAUACUGGUAG